UAUGCUAUGAACUUGAUGAUGAAUGACAACAAUGGGUUUUAUCCACUCUCUUAUUUGGAUUCCCCAUUUCAUGAUUUCUAUGUCUUUGAAGGAUAUCAAACUUUUCCAGAAACAGAGUCUUCAUUUGCAUCCUCCAACACUAAUGAUCAUCACUUUCAUAUUUCAUCUUCUUCUUUUCAUUCACUAAACCCUCAAGAAGAUCAACAUCAAUCAAGCUAUUCCCAAGAGUCCAAUGGUGACCACUGUUCUUUGUCAUGUGAGGAGUUGAUGCAAUGUGAUAACAAAAAGUCAAAAUCAAGAAUCGUUUCUAAGACACGAAUUAAAUGGAGUAAAGAACUUCACCAAAAGUUCAUCGAUUGCGUCGACCAGCUCGGAGGCGCUCAAAAAGCCACACCAAAGCAACUCUUUCACUUGAUGAAAACUAAAGGAUUGACUCUUAUCCAUAUAAAAAGCCACUUGCAGAAAUAUCGCAUUUUUCAACAUAUUCAAGAAUUUUCAAAAGCAGGGAAAGCUGAGAGAAAAACUAACAAGAAAGAACUGAUGCAGAGUAACCAAAACAUAGGGAAGCAGCUGAUGGAAGCAGUGAGACAACAACUUGAUACUCAGAGUAGUUUGAAUGAACAAUUGGAGGUUCAGAAGAACUUGAUCUCAGCCAUUGAAGAACAAAUGAAGCAACUAAGAGGAGUUUUAGAACAAAGAAGGAAGCCUAUUGUGUUUAGAAAUGACUAAUAGAGAAAAUAAAAUGGACUUGGAUUGGAUCAAAAAAGUGUGUUCUUGUUUCUACAGCCAUCUUUUCCUGGGAAUAUCUCUUCAACCUGAUUUUGCAUCUCAGUUUUGUGUAAACAAAUCUUAAGCAGACUUUAUUUAUAUAUCUAUUCUUCC